AUGGACUCACCAGUGGCUUUGAUAACAGGGGGAGGAUCUGGCAUCGGGCUCGCGGUAGCCGAACACUUGAUCAAUCUGCAUGGCUACCGCGUUGCCAUCUUGGACAUCGACGAACAGCGGGUCAAGCUAGAGACCGAGACUCUGGGCUCCUCAAGGUGCUUGGGCCUUCACGUCGAUAUCACGGACUACAAUCAGCAGGCUCGAGCUUUCAAGCAGACCUUCGAAUGGGGCGGUAACCGACUGGACCUCUUCUUUGCCAAUGCCGGCAUAGGAGAUAGCGACUCCAUGUACAAGGAUAUGUUCGGCCUAGACGACGAGACUGGAUUGCCGAAGCCGCUCAAUCUCUGCAGCAUGGACGUCAAUAUGAACGCUGUUUUGCAAGGCAUGCAUAUCGCCAGGCACAUUUUUACGGAGAAGAACCAGAAGCCCGGCGGCAAGAUCAUCGCUUCUUCGUCUGUCGUCGGCAUAUAUCCUAACUAUGCCAUGCCACUCUACUGUGCUAGCAAGCACGGACUGGUUGGACUCGUGAGAGCGCUGGCGCCGGUUUAUGCCAAGGACAACAUCAGUGUCAACUGCCUCUGUCCUACCUUGAUCGAGACGAAUCUAAUGCCGAAACAUAUGGUUAGAGAGUUUCACGUUCCCGCAGAGACUACGCCAAUGUCCACAGCACUCAGAGCCAUCGAUCGAGUGGUGCAGGAUAACAGCCUUACUGGGCAAGUAAUGGAACUGACGUUGGACGAAGUUGUCUUCAAACACAAGCCGGAGUACUCUCGACCUAACGUAAAGUGGAUGUUCGACCAGAUGGAGAUGUGGGAGAGAGUCUGCGAACCUGUCGGUCUUCACUUCCUCAGUCUUCAAGCACUGCUAACCUUUUGA